UCACCCCUCCCCCCCACACCCCCUCCGUCGUCUUUGUCGAGCUCGCGGCCGCCGCCAUUAUAGCCUCAGCGCUCUCUCAUCCUCAUCAUCCUCCUCAUCCCUCCCUCAGCGAACUUAUUAAUCUUCGUCUUCUUAUUCUUCAACGGCAGUCGCCGCCGCCGGAUAGCUCGGCUAGCCAGCUACACGACUCGAUAAGAGUUUAGCGGGAGGAGGAGGAGGAGAGGGAGAGGAGAGAUAAGAACAACAGCAGCAGCAGGAGGAAGACGAUUUGGCGUUCGCCAUGUCUUUCGGACGCGACAAUGGCCCCGUUGAGUGCAAGGUCUACGUGGGGAACCUCGGUUCGAACGCCAGCGAGUACGAGCUCGAGAAGGUGUUCAGCCACUACGGCCCCCUGCGCUCUGUGUGGGUGGCUCGCAACCCGCCGGGCUUCGCCUUCGUCCAGUUCGAGGACACGCGCGACGCCCGCGACGCCUGCCGGGAGCUGGACGGGCGCCUCAUCUGCGGCUCCCGCGCCAGCGUCGAGAUGUCCACGGGGGAGCGGCGGCAGAAGAGGUUUGGGGGCCCGGCCCCCCCCUGGCAGCGGUCAGUAUCAUCGCACUCGCCACCCGCCGCGCAAGACUCGCGUAAAACCUCUGACUAUGGGGGCCGUCGCCGCUCUCCCUCUCCGCGCCGCUCCCCGCGCCGCUCUCCGUCUCCACGGCGACGCUCCUCGGUGUCGCCACGGCGACGCUCCCCCGUCUCCCCGUCACGGAGACGCCGCAGCCUCAGCCGCAGCCGAAAUGGUGUCUGGCUUCUCUCGGCUUUCCAGCCACCGUAGACGCCUAUCCCGGCGCCCGCCUUAUCUCCCCCGUCUAGCCGUCUCGCUAGCCAAGCGUGGCUUGCCAGCUAACCGGCAGCGGCUAACCGGCUAGCUAAGCGGCCGCUUGCCAACCAGCCAAGGCCGUCCACGAUGUCAACAACUCGGCCUCUGCACCCGGCUCGCCUGAGCGUCGGCAAGGCCAUCUGCCAGCUGUUCGGCUAUCCGGCCACCCAGCUACCAGCUGUUCGGCUAUCCAGCUGUUCAGCCGCCCGGCUGUUCAUCUAUCCAGCUAUUCAGCUACCCAACUAUUCAUCUAUCCAGCCGUUCAGAUACCCAGCUAUCUAGCUAUCCAGCUGCUCAGCUAUUCAUCUUUCCAGCUAUUCAGCGACCAGCUGUUCAGCUAUCUGGUUAUUCAGCUAUCCAGCUGUUCAGCUAUUCAUCUUUCCAGCUAUUCAGCGACCAGCUGUUCAGCUAUCUGGUUAUUCAGCUAUCCAGCUGUUCAGCUAUUCAUCUUUCCAGCUAUUCAGCGACCAGCUGUUCAGCUAUCCGGUUAUUCAGCCACCCAACUAUUUAUCUAUCCAGCUUGUUCAGCUCUUCAGCUUCCCAGCUGCUCAGCCACCCCGGCUAUCUAGCUCUGUCCAGCUUGUUUAGCUCAUCAGCUACCCAGCUAUCUAGCUCUCCAGCUGUUAAACUAUCCCAGCUACCCAGCUGUUCAGCUACCCAGCUAUCUAGCUCUCCAGCUGUUCAGCUACCCAGCUAUCUAGCUCUCCAGCUGUUCAGCUACCCAGCUAUCUAGCUCUCCAGCUGUUCAGCUACCCAGCUAUCUAGCUCUCCAGCUGUUCAGCUACCCAGCUAUCUAGCUCUCCAGCUGUUCAACCACUCGGCCAUCCUUCCAGACUCGCAGCUAGCGGCUGACCCAGCCAAUCUUCGGCGCGCCUACCUACACAGUCAACCAUCCAGCUACCCCAGGCAUCAAGUCAACAGUUUUGACUGCCGGCCUGCGCACCAACCCACCUAAGUCAUCCAACCAUCUGGGCUGUUCAGCUUCGCAAGCCACUCUGGCCGACCAACUAACCAGCCAUCCAGCUACCGACUCGGCUACCCUGCCAACUAGCCACUCGGCCAGCCAACAAGCCUACCAUCCAGCCACCCAGCUACCAUCCAGCCAACGAGCCUACCAUCCAGCCAACCAGUCUACCAUCCAGCCACCCAGCUACCAUCCAGCCAACGAGCCUACCAUCCAGCCAACCAGCCUACCAUCCAGCCAACCAGUCUACCAUCCAGCCAACCAGCCUACCAUCCAGCCAACCAGUCUACCAUCCAGCCACCCAGCCUACCAUCCAGCCAACCAGUCUACCAUCCAGCCAACCAGCCUACCAUCCAGCCACCCAGCCUACCAUCCAGCCACCCAGCCUACCAU